AUGCGCGGGGUGGAGAGGUGCGCGUUUGUGCUGGUGGAGGGCAGGGAGGACCGCGCGCAUGUGGCGCUCCCGCAAGGGGAGAGCGCGCAGGCGCAGGGGGAGGCAGACGCGGCGGCGCAAGGGCGGAGGAACACAGUGGAAGUGGUGGCGGCGCUUGCGCUCAUCACUCGCCUCUCCUCUGGUACUGUCGCAAGCCUCUCCUCUAGUACUGUCACAAGCCUCUCCUCUGGUACUGUCGCAAGCCUCUCCUCUGGCACGAACGGGGCAGCAGCGCAGUGGCAGCAGGAGCUACAGCAGGUGCUGCUGCAGCCGCACUGCUUGGCGCGCCCUCGGCGAGUGCUGCUGCUUGUGCCCACGGAGGCGCAGCAGCAGGCGGCGGCCAAGGCAUGGGGCCGACUGCAGAGGCAGCAAGGACGACAGCAGGGAGGGCAGCAUGGACUGGGCCAGCAGGGAGGGGGGCAGGGCAGGCAGCAGGAGGCAACAACAGGCGCUGCCAGUGGAGUGGUGGUGGGUGUGGAGGUGGUGGGGUCACGGCAGUGGGACCCGUCUCGCCCUGCUGCGUUUGACUUGGCGCUGCUGACAGCCGUGUGCGCUCCACCCACCUCGCCUCCCUCCACACACGCCGUGCACUCCCUCUGGCCACCCGCAAGGAUCCGAGCUGCCCUAGCAGCCCCUGCACGCGCCCUUCUCAUCCUGGGCCACGCAUGCACGCUCUCAGCUGGCAGUGACACGUGGCGCCAUGUCAUUGGUGGCGCAAGGGCGCAGGGCAGGUUCUUAGACUUGGAGCAGUGUGAUGCGGCCAUGGGGAGGGCCAUUCGAGCGAGGCGGGCGGCAGUGGAUGACAUGCGGUACAUGCUGCAGCAUGCCAGAGGCGAGGGGCGUGUGGCGGGCGAGGGGAGUGGUUCACAUGGGUCCAUGCACUGGCAUGAUCUUCCAUGGACGCCGUACCUUCCCCACUCGUGCAUCCCUGUGCCUCUUCUUCCUCUCUCACUUCUCAUCCCCUUCCUGUUUCCCCCCCCACACCGUCUGCCACUCCCCUGCCGGCAGGGUUUAUUUUCGCCGGAAUUCGGGGAGGCCCUGCAGCGGCAGCAGUCAGUGGAGGUGGUGCUGCUGCUGUGGCGCAUCCUGCAGGGCCGGCAUGGCAGAAGGGACGCCAAGGGGGUUGCGUGCUGGGUGGAGGGGCGAGGGCAGCAGCAGCAGGACGAGGUGUCACGGGUGUUGGAUGACAUCGUGCAUGUGGACGUGGUGGGCGAUGUCUGUCUCAUCUGGUCCACCGAUGUGUGCCAUGACAGGCACAAGCAGGCUGAGAGUCUCAGCAUCAUGCCACCUCUCUCCUUCUCCCUCCCCUUCCCCUGCAAGCAGGUGGUGCGGCUGUGGGCGCUCGUGCCGGAGAGCCAGUGCCAGCAGAGACUGCAUCGCAUCUGCAUGCAUCUCACCAGCUACUCGCCUGCCUACCUGCACUACUGCGCGCUGCACCAGUACCAGCCCUCGCCCCCCUUCCUGCGCGUGCCAGCCGUGGUGCAGCAGCCCAGCGUGCUGUGGUUUAAGCCCCCCUCAGAGAGCACCAAAGCAGCAGCAGCAGCUGCAGCGCAAGUGGACGUGGUGACGCCGCCCAAGUUCAUAGUGUUACAGCCGGCCAUGGCGCUGAGUCUGCUGGGCGAGGGCGGUGGUGCUGCUGCGUGUGCGCUGAGCAGUGUGCCGUUUGAGGUGAACGCAGAGGAGAGUGCCGCCAUCCUCUGCCCCUCCAGCCUUGUCGUCCACGGCCGAUCCGGCACCGGCAAGACCACAGUGAUCAUCCACCGGGCGUUGCGCCUCCAUCGCCUCUUCUGCCACUCCAUUAUCCCUCCGUCCUCCUCCUCCUCCACUUCCCACCGGCCCUCCCCAUGGGGGGGAUUUUGUUGGGGGGAGGCGACAGAUCUGAAGGAGGAUGGAGUGGGGGGCGUGGGUGGCAGAGUAGGCAGCAGAGUGGGGGCCAUGCGGCAGGUGGUGGUGACACGAAGCCUGCAGCUGUGCGCCGCCAUUCAGACAGAGAUCACUCACGCCGCACGGUCAGUGUGCCUCACGGCCUCCCUCCAUGCAUCAUCCUGUUCCUAUUGUCCCCCACACAUCACGCUGCUGCUAUCGUCCCACCCAUGUCAUGUCACCACCACCAGAGCGCUCUCUGCCCUGGACGCCAUUCAGCCCGCCUCCGCGCUCCCAGAGGCAACACAGCAGCAUGCAUCUCCCGGUCCUUCUGCGAGCAGCAGCAACAGCAGAAGCAGCAGCAGCAGUGGUGCGCUGCUGAUGCGAGAGGACCUGGAGAGGGCGCUUAUGGGGGGCUUACCCACGUGCAUAGCCGCCAUCCCCCCCACCGCCUUCCCACUCGCCCUCACACUCUCCAAGCUGCUACGCCUGCUCGACGCCUCUGUCACUCACCCCUUCCUCCUCUCCACGCGCCGCCGCCGCAAGCGCGAGGCGGCAAGGCGGCGGCUCGUUCUGGCAGUGGCAAUGAGCGGCCAGGGGCUGAGGGAGGCGUGGGAGGAGGGGGAGAUGGGGCGGGCGUGGGGAGGGCGUGUGGAGAAGGAGAGGUGGGAGGCGAAUAGCAGCGGUGCCCGGGGAAGAAGGGCACGAGGAGCGGGUGAGGGCCGGUCGUUGCGAGAGGGAGUGGGGAGCAUGGGUGCGCAAGAGGGAUGGUGCUUGGGUGGUUGGCAGGAUGUGAUGGGUACAAAGGAACGGGUUGAGGAGGAGGAGGAGGAGCAGGAUGAGGAAGAGGAGGAGGAGGUUGAGGUGGAUUAUGAGCGGUUCAAGAGGCACUACUGGCCGGCCAUGGACCAGCGGAGCACCAGAAAGGCAGUGAUGGGUGCUGCGUUCGUGUACCGGGAAAUCACAUCGCACAUCAAGGGCAGCUUGCAGGCGAUCCGGUCGCCCCUGGGGCAUGUGGGCGAGGAGGAGUACGUGCGGGGCAUGGUGGGCAGCAACGCGCGCACGAGCGCCAUGGGGGAGAGCGAGAGGCGGGCGGUGUAUGGCAUCUUCCAGGCGUACGAGCGGAAGAAGAAGCAGCGCAAGGAGUACGAUAGCGGCGACCUCGUGGUGUAUCUGCAUCGGGAGAUUCGCAGAAUGCGAGAGAGCCGAGAGCCCUGGUGGUCUGUGGAGGCCGAGUCAUUGAGCCCUCCACAGGCCAAGUGUGCCUCCGCCCUCCACAAGCGAACCAGUUCCUCAUACUCGCCUUCUGGUGCAGUCAAGCCCUCUGCUGCCUCGUCCUCUUCAGCCUCCCCCGGGCCCACAUGCCCGCCUGUGUUUGACUGUGUGUCGGUGGACGAGGUGCAGGACCUCACUCAGGCGCAGCUCGCGCUGCUGCCACUGCUCUGUGGCAAUGUGGCUUCGGGGUUUCUUUUCGCGGGGGACACAGCCCAGUGCAUUGCUCAUGGGGUUGACUUCCGCUUUGAAGACCUCGCACGAGUCGUUUACAACGAGUUUCUCAAUAGAGAGGAUGAAUGCAGCAGGGAUGUGGUCAUAAAUGCUGGUCGCGAGAAGCGGGAACAAGGUGGUGGGCAGAGGAGGAGUAAGGUGGGGAGUCACUUUGAGAGCACUGCUCCUGGCACCAGUAGCGGUAGCAGCAAGUCUGUUUUGCGGCCGGCGGUGAGAGCGCUGCCACAGUAUCAGCUGGUGCGGAACUACCGCACACACAAUGGCAUACUCAAGCUCGCAAACAGCGUGGUGCAGCUGCUGAGAAGCUUCUUCCCGACGUCCAUCGACCGCCUGAACGAGGAGCUGAGCUCGGUGGAGGGUGUGGCGCCCGUGAUGGCAUCUGUGUCUCCCGUGUGGAAGAGGCAGCUCGCACAGGGCAAGCCUCUCAGCGCCACCCAGGCCAUCAUUGUGCGCAGCCGGGAGCAGAAGAGGGUGCUCUCGGCCCUCUUCCCAGUGAAGCCUGUCAUUCUCACAGUGGAGGAGUGCAAGGGGCUGGAGUUCGAGGACGUCUUCCUUUUUAACUUCUUCUGCGCACCCCACUACGCUACCACCACCACCACCACUCCGUGGAACCUGCUUUACACCUACAUGCAUGACAACGGUCUGGCAGAUAUGGCGCACAGGAGUGGUGGUGGUGCCUGCCCUUGCAAAACGGGGAAGGGACUGCUUCCUUUUGACGAGCUCAAGUGGGUACCCUGCCUGCCGGUGCUGCACUGUUCACUGUGUGCGGAUCUGAAGCAGCUGUAUGUGGCUAUAACGAGGGCAAAGCAGAGGCUGUGGGUGCUGGAUGAGGCAGACGAAGAGAGUGGGCCAGGCGGGGAGGGUGUAUGGGCGGGGAGGGUGUAUGGGCGGGGAGGGUGUAUGGGCGGGGAGGGUGUAUGGGCGGGGAGGGUGUAUGGGCGGGGAGGGUGUAUGGGCGGGGAGGAUGUAUGGGCGGGGAACCACAGCGGUCCAAUGAUGGAGCUCUGGGCGGCGAUGGGGCUUGUGGUGGUGAAACGUGGUGAGGAGAUCGGAGCACAGUCAGUGAAGCGAGCAUCUGAGGAGAAGGACUGGCGCUCACUUGCCUUCACUGUGAGUGCCAUGGGUGCAGCCGUGUGUGCAUUCUUCCAGAGGGGCGACUACGAGGCGGCUGAGGCAGCAUAUGAGCGGGCAGGCGACAUUCUCAACGCGCGCUUCUCCCGCGCCAUGCUGCUGUAUGAGGCGGGCAUGGGCCGCACGCCACCGCCAACUGCAGAAGCCUCCUCUGCCCUGCAGGCAGCCUGCCCCUCCGUGCUGCCCUCUGUGCACGCGGACCUGUCUCUGCUCUCCGCCAACGACCUCCUGCUCGCUGCCGCCCGCUUGUUUGAAGAAAUGGGAAGGGGAGCGGAGGCAGGGCGUGCGUACAGCAAGGCCAGAAGCUAUGAAGAUGCAGUGCGAGUCUACCUCUCCAUGUGUCACCCGCCUGAUCAUCUGAAGGCCGCCCGAUGCUAUGAGAAGCUAGGAAGGCUCAGCGAAGCUGCUGAUUGCUACAGUGCUGGCGGAGACAUGCACAGUGCGCUCUCCGUGUGCCUGCGAGCUCGCACCUUCAGCAAGGGCCUCUUGCUUCUCGACAGCUGGCAGGCUGCUAAAGCCACGCCAGCAUCAGGGGUGGUACCGAACCAAGAGUCUCUGCCUCUGAAGGGAUGGUACGUGACUCAAUGCGCUCUGAAGCAUGAAGAGGAACGUGACUAUAACGAGAUGCUGCGAUUCAUCCGGCUCCACCCGUCGCUGCAAGCGAAGCGGGAGUUUCUCGAGAGAGGGCGGCACCUGAGGCAACUGGCAGUGGUGGAGCGCGAGGAGGGCGACAGCACCCGCGCCUCUCUCUUGCUGCAGACGGCUGGCAUGCUCCUGGAGGCGGCACUGUGCCUGUGGCAGCUGGGCUGGCCGGGUCGCUCCCUUGUGUGCUUCGUGCGCCACCUGCAGUGGCGAGUGAACAUGGCGGGGCGAGGGGCAUGGAUGGGGGAGGGGAGGAGAGGAGGGGAGGGGAUGAGGGCUGCUGGAGGCGUGGAGCUGAGCAGAGAGGAGGUUGAGAUGGCCCAGCAGUUGCGAGGUGUGGAGAGGUGGGGAUUCGCUGACCGGAUGGCGUGUGAGGGGUGUGAUUUGGGAUGGGCGAGGGUAGAGAUGAGUGUGCUGCUGUUCGUGCUGCAGUGUGCGGUGGAUGAUGCUGGUGAUGGUAGCUCUGGCAGUGAUAGUGGUGGUGGCGAGGAGAGCGGUUCAGGUGAGGAUGAAGUGAUUGCGCCAGGUGUUGACAUGCGAAUGCUCAAGGAUGCGGAAAGGGAGGCGAGAAUCUCGCAAGCAUGGGGGAUGGUGAGGCUGGGGCAGCUGCUGCCGGCACAUGGAGUGGAGGCGGGUGGAGGGAUGGCUGGAGGGGAGGCAGGGCGCACUUUCCCUCAUGCAGGGGUGUCUGGGGAGGCUAGUGGACGCGAGUUGCUGGGUGGAGAGAUGAGAAGGGAGGAGAUGAGGGAGGCUGGGGAGUUGUGGCAUGGGCAGAACGUGCUUCACAAGGCGGCAGAGCAAGUGCAGAGGGAGGGACGGGAGAGCAACGUGCGGUGGCAGGCGGGCACAGAGGCACUGCAGAAGGGGCAUGCGGAGUGGAAGGGGGCGGAGCAGCUGCGAGCAGAGCUGAUGCUUUGCCACUUAGGGUUACAGAUGGCUGUGCGCAUGCUGCAGCGUGCACAGCACCGCCUCAUGCUCUGGCUAGAGGGUAACACAGAGGCUCAUGCCACAGCAGCACGGACAGCAGUACAGAGGCUGUCUGCCGCACUUCCCUGGACCCUCACCUCUGCCCCUGCCAUUGCCCAUGUGCAGCACAAGGUGGGUCUGUGGUGGGCCCGCUGGUCCGCCCGCCUCACGCCUCUCCUGCGCUCGCUGCACCAUCUGCACCGCAAUGCCAUGCCUGCUGCCGACUCCCACCUCCCCCGCCUGCACGCUGCCUUCUCCCUCCUCUCCACCUCCUUCCACCGCCGCCUCUCCUCCUCAGCCUCUUCCUCCUGCCAGCUUGAUGACAUGGCGCUGCCAUGGGCCAAGGGGGUGGCACUGGAGCCGCUGUCGAGUACAGGGAGGAGUGGCGAGAUGGAGGGGUGGAGGGCGGUGGAGGUGGUAGCAGGGGUGUGGGAGAGGGAGUAUGCAAGCCGGUUGAAUGGAGCGAAGCGGGUGGCGUGCAAUGGAGCUGUGACCUGCUCCUCUGCGCUCCUCAAUUGCAUCCGAAAGGCCAUGUCGCAUGCUCCGAUUAUCACCUCACAAGGUCACACUUCAGCUGUUCCCACGGCACCAGUGGCUUCCCAGCAGCCUCCCUGCCCUUCUGCCCAUCCCCUCGUCCUCCUCCCUCUGGUGGAACAUUCCCUCGCGCUGCUGCCUGCUGCCAUGCACUCCUGCUCUCGCUCUGCCCUCAUCCCAUUCCCGUCCGCCACUCCUCUGCACCACCUCUUCACCUCCCUUCUGCUUCAACCUCGCCCCCCUGCCUCCGCUUCACGCAGUCUCCAAUACUGCACCCAUCCCACCCUCAGUCACAAUCUGCACCACACGCUGCUGCAACUUCCAUCUGCCUUUGUAGCUCUGCUGCACACGUACGAGCCAUUCAGGGGUGUUCCGGAGAAGCAGACUGACGGAAAUGGUGAGGGAGGUAGAACUGACCGAGGCAGUGGUGUGCCUGGUGGGAGAAACAGAGGGUUGGUGACUGGCGAGGGAAGGGGCUGUGGAUGGGGCAAGGAAGGAGGUGACAAUGCCAUGGGGCUGUCUGUUGCAAUGCUGAGUGCGCUGCUGGGCAUGGCGGAUGCAUUUUGGAGGGUGAUUCCUGCACGCUCGCAGGAAGAGACAUGGAGGGUUGUACAGGUGGUGCUCACGGGCUUGCUCAACACGUGCCCUGCUACAAUCACCCAGUCAAUCAGCAAUGCAGGUGUGGGCGCUGGGAAGAGCGGACAAGCAAGCAUGAGGGAACUGCUCUCUGGCAUGAGGGAGCAAGCGUUCUCAUGCUCACAAAGGAACCCCCUCCUAUCUCUCAGCUUCUUUGACUUCCCUUCCAACCAAGCCCUGCUUCACGAGGCGUGUCGGGGUCGAAAUGAUCAAGGAGCGGACGGAAGGCGCAUCCCUCCCGACUGGGCUGCACCUCUGCUACUACCACUUGCGCCCUUCCUCUCCCACCAUGCCCUUCCUCUCCUCUAUCAUCAAGCCUCCAUUGUUCACCUCCCGCCACCACUAGCUUACGCCCUCGCUCGACUGUUGUGUAUCCUGCUGCCCGCCCUGCAUGCUGUGAGUGGGCGAGACAAGGAGCAUUUGGGUUGUACCAGGGGAAGGGGAACCUUGAGUGAGGCACGGGGGUUAUGGAAUGAGUUGAGAGAUGCAGUGGAGAUUAUAGGGUUGUGCGAGACUCUAGGGUUGCGCGGGGUGAAACCAUGA